CACGACUGCAACUCCUCGCACCAAACCCCAUCACACUCGUCCCCGUGCCAUUCUUCUCACUCGCCUACAUCGAAUCAGCUGCAGCCAUACAUCUAUCGUCUCCACCGCACCUGCAUCCACCACCUGCCUCCCACACGUAGCCACUAAAACUUCUGGCCUCCAACAGCACGCUCGCUCGAUAGCCACUUCCACCCCACCACCUCCACAAUGGCUCCUCCUUCCUUUGCUUCAGCAGCUGCGGGAAACAACGCAAACCCAGCGCGUGCAGACUCGGGCGCCGACUGGGCUCGACGUACCAAUGGUGCCACACAAACAUUUCGGCGGCCCUCACACGCGACGACACUCUCUGGAUCGACUACCCACUCGUCUUCGAGAGAUGCAUCCGCACCCCAGAACUCGUCGAAUCCUGGCGUAUACGUCCCACCGCACGCACAACCAGGGCGCAAUGGCAGCUCAGUCGACGGCCGCUAUUCUCGAGAUCAGCUCACGCACCUCUUCAGGACGCAGCAAGACUCGGGGGACCUCACUGAUGCACCAUCGAGUCUGUACAUGGGUGCGUGGGAGCCGCAUGCCACAAACGGGGCCUCGGGCGCGUCGUGGGGUCGCAAGGAGGACCACGGCAGGGAGGCCCAGAGCGGGGUCGACCAGUGUUGGGACAGAGACGGCAGUGUAUUGCCCCUCAGCUUAGCAGAUAUGACUGACGACGAGAAAGAGAUCUUCCUCUCGUCCGUCAACUCGCCGCUCAAACCGCCUACUCAGAACGCCAAUAAGGAUGGCACCCCUAAAGAAGGCCUCUCCUUGCGCAAGACGUCCGUCUCCCAAGGUGCGGGCACUCCCUAUGGCAUGUCGUCGCCCACAGCCGCGCGACCAGGCGUACGUCGCCGCGAUACUGGAGAAGCGUAUCCCUUUCCCUCAUCGCCUGCAACCUCACGGUUCGCACGGGAAGAAUCCAGUGCCGUGACUCCGCCCCCUGCACUUGUACGCCGUCGGACUGACUACAAGGAACCUGUAGAGGGUCGCCCGAGCGAGGAGCGUGACAGAGAAAAGGGUGCAGCUGAAAACGCUGGCCCGUUUGGCUCGCUCAAGCGUACAACGACUGCGCCUUUUAGCCCGGGCGGUGCCACUUCACCGUGGUCUGCUACUCCAGGUGGUGGCUUCGGCGCUUUUGGUAGCUUCGGAAAUCCACAGCCAGAGAAAAAGCCCGGAUAUGGUAGCAUGCGUGGAGAGAGCAGGUUCAAGGGAUUGAUGGGUAAAACCAGUACCGAGGACUUCGAGAAGGCUCCAAAAGAGAAGGCUUCCAUCAGUAACCUGGGGAUCCUCAACGAAGCAGAGCCUCCCAAAUCGGCGGGUUCUUGGAUGGAAGCUCGUUCCAAUAGGCCAACCAGUAACGAUACCGAUCCAUUUCCAGACGACGAUGGCCCAACGGGUAGUGCCGCACUUCGCGGCGAAGAUGUUAGUCCGCCCCGAUCUCAAAACUUGGGCGCCUUCGGCACUCCACAACGGCCACACCAUCGAGACGACACCGGAUUUUCUGCAUUUGGGAUGACUGCCGAUAACGCCGGCCUUCGCGAUAUGUUUCAUGGCCGGGAAAACUUUGCACAUCACACGCCACACCGUGCAGGCGAUGGAGGCAACGAUCCAAUGAGCCCUACAGACACCAAUCCAUAUCGAAGUCCCGACCACGCGAGAGACGACCACGAUGACGAUUCAGACGACUCUAAUGCUCAACACGGUAAUUACCCUGGUAUGGGUAGCUUCCAGGUCGAUCAGUCCGUCAACCCUAGUAUCCACAACGCUUUCGGUGGGCUUACUGGCCUCGGCAGGGUAUCUGCACCAUUUGAAACUGCAGCGAGCGAUCGCAGCCAGACAUCCAGCGUCGGACCUGCUCGAGGAUUUCCCACACUCCCUGGUCUCGGUGGUCUUCCUGGUCUUGGCGGCUCUGCAGCGUGGUCAUCUGGACAACAAAAUCUGGGUACUCCGAUCCGGGAACGUGGCUUGGGAGGCUUCGACAAUGCUUUCGGAAACGUAGGAGAAGCCCAGUCGCCUUCCUUGGCUGGCUUAGGAAGCAGCUCAUUGUUUGGGGCAGCCUCAGGCCUCGGACACGGAACAGUUGGCCGAUCUAGCAGACUGGGCUCGCUCUUUCCAACUUCAAUGCAAGACCAGCUGCGAUCCAAUGACCCAAAUCGCCCACAUGCUGAUGACAGCUCCUCACACGGGGAUAGACAACAGAGCAUGACUGGCACUUUUGGACGAAAUGCAUUCGGUAACCAAGCCCCUGGCGGCGGAAUUCCUACCCGCGAGACCGAAAGUCCAUUCCGCGCGAACCGCAACUUGUUCGAUGACUUUUCUGGCGCAUCUGGGGACGAUCAUGGUGGUUCUGCAUUUGGACAGGCCUCUGGAGCUGCCCCAUCUUCAACUUUAGCUACCACCUCGCUAUCCAUGGCUGCCCUGAAUCACACACGGACUGCUCAGGCGUCGACACCCGGCAUCAGUAGCCCUGCCUCAAGCCAGCCCCCAGCACCACAGCAACGUACCAUGGUCAUGCCGGAUCGGAUGAGAUGGAUCUACCGUGACCCUUCAGGAAACACUCAGGGACCGUUCUCUGGCCUCGAAAUGCACGACUGGUACAAAGCUGGGUUCUUCUCCCCAGAGCUCUUGGUCAAGAAACAGGAAGAGCCUGAUUAUGAGCCUCUUGCUCAACUUAUUCGUCGUAUUGGAAACUCGCGAGAGCCGUUCUUAGUUCCUCAGAUUGGCAUUCCACACGGCCCGCCCACCGCUCAGCCAGGCAAUACAUGGGCAGGUGCUGGUCCCACUCCUGGUGCCGCUCCCGGUGCUCAACCUCCUUUUGCGAAUAGCUUUCCCAGCUUUGGAACAACGUUGACUGCCGAGCAACAAAAUGCCCUUGAGCGUCGGAAACAAGAGGAGCAGUAUCUUAUGGCUCGUCAGAAGGAGCAUUUGGCUGCACAACAGCAAGCGCUUGCCAGAUCGGUUCAACUGGGUGGCAUGCUCCCGAAUCAACUAAAUCACCAUUCUAGCGCGCACAGUCUACACAGCCAACCAAGUUUCGGAAGCAUUACAUCUCCGGGCGGUUACCAGCCAUCACCUACCCAAGCACCUGCCCCUGGAGCAUCUGUUCCAGGCCUGCUGGACAAUGCGUUCAGAUCUGGACCGGGCCCUGUUCCAGGUUUGGGUCCGAUCGGUCCAGGUAUGGAUAUGCUAAGCAACUUGCGAGACGAAGAUGUACCGGCCAUGAUGGACCGUCUUAACCUCGGACGCACUGGUCAGCCGACGUUUGGCACUGCACCAACAGCCUUUGGGCAGCAACCUGAGCCAAACACACAUGCCCAACAGGUUGUCUCCAUGCUGAGUGAUCGUGCUCGCCUCCAAAGGGAGCAAGCCGACCAUGACAAUGUGCAGCGACAUGCCCCAAACGAGCAACAAAACGCUCAAGCUUUCGCUGAUCGUCUGCAGCAGUUCAAUGAUUUGAGGGUUCAGACAGACCUGGACCAACCGACCAGAGUCGCUCCCCCACCAGAAGGGGUUAUAGGAAAGCCCUCAGCACCCGCGGCAGAGUCACAGGGACAAUCUGAGCCUACGAUACCCGAUCAGUUUGAGGCUCACAAUCAAGCUCUUGAACCUAAGGUUAACGUGUCGCAUGCCAGCCAGGAACCACUGUCACUCACCGAGCAAGUUCAAAAAGCAGCUUCUGCUAAGCACUCACCUCAGCCCCCAUCAGCGUGGAACAAAGUAGAGCCUGCUAUCUUCCCAUUCCCCCCACCGCCUUCCCAGUCCCCUCUUCCUGCACCAGCUGCGCAGAGGAAGCCUAUUGUUGCUGAGAACUUGACGAACGAAUCUCGUUCAGGUGCAGCGACCCCUGCUGCCGAUACCCCAAGCGCCUCGAUCGCACCAUGGGCGAAGGAGCCUGCCGAAGCCUCCAGAGGACCUUCUCUAAGGGAAAUUCAAGAGGCCGAGGCUAAGAAGGCUGCCGAGCGUGAAGCCAUCGCAGCAGCAGCCCGUCGCGAGGCUUUCGAGAAAGAGCUGCUGUCUCAAGUGCAAUCACCUGCCAUCCAACCCGGCCUUCCGUCGAGCUCAACUUGGGCAAGCGGUGCUUCUCCCGUUACCCCGAACGCAACUGGAGCUUCAGUUUGGGCCAAGCCACUGGCAGGAAAAACCGCUCCAGUGCCGACGUCGAACUCCAAGAAGACGCUUCAGCAGAUCCAGAGGGAAGAGGAGGCUCGCAAGCAAAAAGCUGCUGCCGCCACUGCCGCUGCCGCUACUGCCGGAGCAUUCAGCGUUGUAACCCCAGUCACAUCUGCUGGUAAGCGUUACGCUGAUCUAGCUGGCAAAAGCAGUCCGGCAUUACCACCCGUACCCGCUGGUAGCAGCGCCUGGACUACUGUGGGUGCAAGCGGAAAGGUAAAGACUCCUGGCGGUACGACGACUCCUGCACCAGUUCCGGUUCGUUCAACUAGCAGCACUAUCGUGCCGCCUGUGGUAAAGAAGCCUACUGUUACGCGCAGCACUAUAAUGGGAGGAGGAGGAGCGGGCAAGGCCAAUGCGCAAGAGGAGUUCACCAAGUGGGCAGUAAAUGAAGUUCGCCACGAUCUAAACAAGGGUAUCAAUGCCGAGGACUUUGUUUCAUCCCUGCUCACAUUCCCCGCUGACGUCGAACUCAUUACCGAAUGUGUACACUCUGCAUCCUACACGCUCGAUUCCCGCCAUUUCGCCGAAGAGUUCUUGCGCCGCCGCAAAUUGGCCGACAAAGGCAUCGUCGAUGAGCGUAGUACAUCGUCUCCCGCUGAGAACAAGUCUGGAGGCAGCGGCUGGUCUGAAGUCGCGAAGAAGGGUGGUGCGAGCACCGUCCAGCAGCAAAGUGCUUCUUCUCUUGUGACGGGCGACUUCAAGGUUGUGUCAUCGAAGAAGAAGACUAAGCGAUAAACGCCUGGUGGUCUGAAUGUCUCGAUGGGAGUUGGUGAUGACGAAUGAGCAGAAUGGGGAGUGAAUUGUGGGUGUUUACGCUUGUUGUGAGUGCUUUUGUGUUUGUGUUCUGGCUGCAUGCCAGGGAGAGUGUUGGGAGGGAGUAGGUGGGAGUAGGCAUGAUGGAACUAGUCACGAGAUGCUGAUGUGUUACGAGCACUACGAGGCUAUUGAUAGGGUCAGUGCAAUACGAGCUGUUGCUGCCGAAUGAUGUGCGAUGCUCCCCCCAUUGCGAAGUAUGCCUUGCGACAUCAUAAGUGUGUAAUUCACAUCAUUAUAGAUCAUACAAUCUCCUAGUGCAAACCAAGU